AUGAAUCCUUAUUCUAUUCAGCCUGUUCCUGCCAGUGCUAGAGUUAAUAUUCAGCCUAGAAGGUCUUUGAACAAGCCAUCAGUGAUCAUAACAGAUUACAACUGGGGUACGGCGCCCGCGGAGAGCGACGCUCCAGGCCACCCGCUUCGGGAUCACACCGCUCCCGGUACGCCUUCAGCACCCAGGUGCGGAGCAGCCCGGGGCAGCCAGGCAGCCCGGCCACCUCCCCUGCGGGCGCGGCCCCGAGCCGGACUCCGGCUCUUGCCCUGGGCUGCGGGUCCCUGCCCGGCCCCUCGCCCCUCCCGCACACACCCGUGGGUCCAGCUGGCCCGGCCCGGCCCCUCCGCGGCGCCGCGGCCGCGCUCAGGGUCCCGCCCCUACCUCUCCGCGCCCCGCCCGGCCCGGAUCUCGCCCACACCGUGCCCUGGCAGCACUGGCGACUAUGCAUGUAUUGCUUUUUUAUUGCUUGCUCUAACGCUUCUUCCGGCAGUACCGGUAACGUUGGCACCCACGCAGAACCAGCUGCUCUGCUGGAGGAUCGAAGGGCUCUCUCGUGGUUCCCAGCCCCAAACGACAGCGCGCUGGGGGCCGGGUGCCACGGGGGCGAAGGCGCUGGGCGGGCCCGGUGUGGCUGCGGCAGCCGAGCGUUGUCAAUGGGGAGCCGGCGGGACCGGUGCUCCUGAGGCGGCAGCCCGAGACUCGCCUGCGGCUGCUACAUGGCUGAACUUCUGUUCACUUCCGAUUGUUCAUGAAGCACCAUGCCAAAAAGGCCUUUCAUCUGUAAACCCAGUAGAGGCUGGUAGAGGACUGAAAUUAAGAAGCCUGUUAUUCUCCAACUUUGGCACAAGUGAAAAAUGGAGUUCUGUUGGGGUGUGUUUUUCUUUCAAUAAGUUUGAGGUUCUUAUACAGAUGGUUCACUCGCUUACCCCCCCUGUUUCGUUAGUAUAAUCCAAGUUGAAUCCUCCUCCCCCGAACCAUCAAUCAUUGUAUCCCAACCCCUUCUACCAGUACCUUCCCUGCCAGUCAAGGUAACCCUACCCCUUUAUCCGGAACCUUCCCUGUCAGUUUUACUUGGUACCUAACCUUUGUUCUGAAAUCUUCCCUGUUGAUGUCAUUUGAUGCUCCAUUAGAUUAGGUAAACUGUUACCUCAGGCUUCCUCGUUGGUCCAUGUUUUGUGAACCCUGCCUUGAAUUCUUCCUCUAAGUCUUCCCUAUUGGUUGAUGGUUUGUACCCCACCCCUUGCUCCUCCCCUGUAUAUAAGUUACUGUAGCUCUGUAUCUUUUGUCUUUUGUCCCUGGACCCUUCUGGAGAAUGAACUUCUUUGGAGACCUACACAAAACACCCUUCCCUAGUCUUUGCCCUGGCCCUCAAUGCUGACCACAAAAGCACUUUGAAAAGCAGACUUAUUGCUGCUGAGCUGAGCAGACCUGCUUUACCUCUACUUGAGGCUAUUCAUAGCCUGAUAGAGGCCACACCUGGUGCAGUCCAGGACAGCCUAGCUGGCAAAUUGGUCCUGGCACUGCAUCAGAGUUCUCUAUAGACUGACAUAAUUACAGAGGUUGUGAUCCUUGGCUGACCAUGCUGGCAGAGACCCAUCAUGUUUUUAGUGCUGCUUUGUGACAUUUCAAGGACAGUGUUUUACUUGUGGUUCCAUUCAUGGACAGUUUUUUUUUACUCUUCCUGAAAAAAAUGGAUGAAAUGGGUUUGUGCCUGGUUUUUACUCUUCUUUAGUCUGGAAUAUGAAGACGACAGGGUCCACAAGCUGCCCUUUCUGCCAUGUGACAAGCCAGUGAUAGAUGUGACUGUAUGGCAGCUGUAAAACAAAAGAAAAGUUACAUUUUUCACAAUUUUGGAAUUGCUGACAGACAAAACAAUAGAAAAAGUGGACCUUAGAGGCAAAAUAAAGACAAAAAUAAACAAAA